GUCUGGGGACAUGGGGUUCUCAUCCAAGAAGUGCUCUAUCCCAGAUGGUGUUAGGGCCGAGAUCUGGGGGAGACAUAGGGAAAGUGCUGAAGCUUACUUCGGCGGUUGCUCCAAAUUAUCUGACAUGGAGCACGUCCGAGAGUGGUCUAUUCGGGCAACCGCUGGAAUUGCCGAACCCGGUCCUUUAGUACCAGAUCUAGCUAGAGACAACCAGAGGCUGCUGAUGCAGGUUGUCUACAACCAUACCAUGACCUGUGAGAUGAUUGACACGCUCCAGGAAAGGGUGGACAUCGCUGAGACAGAGGUAAAGCUUGCCCAGCUGAAACAGGAGAAAGCCGAGGACAGGGCCCGGGUUGUCAUUGACUCCUUCAACACUUUCUGCGCUGAAAUGGAGAGGGACGUCCUGCCUCAGAUGGAUGAAGGUGAGGCCCUACUUAAUGCUUUCGGCACAGUGGAUGUUCCCAGCCUCAAAACCAAGAUCCAGCACAAAAUCGACACUGAGGUUCAAUCUCAAGUGCUGGCCCGAGAAGAGAUAUCUCGGCAAAAGAUCAAGAUCUUGGAGGCUGACGCCGAACAACACCGCCAAGCAUGUGAAGCGAGGGAGAAAGAGCUGGUCGAGGCCGGGAUUCAGCUAGAGUCUCAACGACAAAACAUCACCAGCCUGGAGGUUUAGCUGACGAACCAGGAAGAGCGUCUCUCCCAGGCCCGAGCCAAGGCUGAGCAGACUGAGCAACGGCUCGCUGAUGCCGAGGCUCAGUUGAAGGGACAGCGGGAGUCUUCCCAGAAAGCCUUAGAAGAGGCGCAGAAGAAGCUAGCUGAUGCUGAGACUCAGCUAGCCCUUAGGGUUUACACCCAUGAGGAGUACUCAACUGCCUACCUCAACGGCUAUGGGGUAGCUCGGAGACUGGCUCUUCAUUCUGCACCUGAUCUGGACUGGUAUCAGUGCGAAAUCUGGGAUGAGGACCCCGGGGUUCCUCAUAUGCAGCAAGCCAGUCAGGCUGAGGUUGAUUUGCAGGCUCGCCUCCAAGCCGAGGAUGCUGAGAUGAAGGAGGCUGAGCUGAAAGAAGCUGAGAUGACGGAAUAACCAAUAAAUUACUUUAAAAACGACCAUUGCAAAAAAAAAA